GCUGGCAUGCUCCCUCUCCCUCCACCUAAUAGACGCUGUGUGCAUGCGCACAGCGUCUAUUCGCUGCUGCUCUGCUAAGCAGAGCAGCGAUUGACAGAGCCUCCCAACUGACCCCCCCCACCGCGGGACACUGUGGCCCGCGGGUGGGACAGCGGUACAGUCCCCAAAAAACGGGACAGUUGGGAGGUAUCAUUUGCAAGUCGCCCCUGCACCUGUGUGUUUCAGAAGACUACACAGACAGCGACAGCAGCAGCGCAGCCUGGGGGGGUUGACAAUUAGUCUGACUCUGAGCAAAGUUGGUCACGUGCCGGAGAGACGUCAGAGCGAGGCUUGGAAAUUGGAACGCAGUCCGGGGGCAGUCACAUGACGCGGGUGAGUGCUGGCUGCUGCUUCUGUUUGCGGUUUUGAGAGUCUGGGAAGAGUCAGUCGGUCGGCACUGGCAGGUGCCUGAAGGGGUGACAGCGGAACGUUAUCGGGUGUGGCGUGACCUGGUUGGCAUGGAAGAACAGAGGAAAUGUGUGGUGGUGACCGGAUUUGGGCCAUUUGGUGAGCAUGCCGUGAAUGCAAGUUGGGUAGCAGUACAGGAACUGCAAAAGCUAGGACUUGGAGAUGGGGUUGAUCUACAUGUUUAUGAAAUUCCAGUUGAAUAUCAAACUGUGCAAAGGUUAAUCCCAGAUCUAUGGAUAAAGCACAGGCCUCAGCUGAUAGUUCACGUUGGAGUUUCUGGCAUGGCCACAAUGGUAACGUUAGAGAAAUGUGGUCACAACAAAGGUUACCAUGGUCUAGACAACCGCCGGUUCUCCCCAGGGACACAGUGCUGCGUGGAAGGAGGCCCAGAAUGUUUACAGACUGCUAUUGACAUGGAUGUGGUGUGCAAGAGAGCAGCAUCAGCUGAACCAGAUAUUCAGUUUACAGUGUCUGCAGAUGCGGGCAGGUACCUGUGUGACUUCACUUACUACACCUCGUUAUACAAGAGCCAUGGCAAAUCCGUGUUCAUCCAUGUGCCUCCUUUAGAUCCUCCACUUUCCUUCAGUCCAAAGCACUUGCAAAGCGAACCUAUUGUUCUGAAGUAAAACCGUAAUCAUACUUAAUACAAGGUAAACUAUGAAAAUGUGUUAUAAUCUUCUAAUUACAACCUACUUGCACAUUCAAGAACAUAUUGUUUGGUCAUUUUAUAAUUUGCAAUGUGUCUACUUUUACAACCGCUAGCUACAUAAGUUUUUAAUGCCCUAUUCAGGUAGCUUUAGCUGGACAAUCAAUUUGUACUAAGGGCAAACAUGGUUGGUAUCCCAGGGAUUAUAAGAAUGUAACUAGAAAGCACAACUGACAUUAACUAUUCUACAUAUGAAUUAGUCUACAUCUAUAUAUUACAAAUCCAGGCACUUUUGUAUGUAGCUAGUUAUUUCACAGGCUAAGGCAGUGGUUCUCAAACUGUGUGCUGUGGCACCCUGGGGUGCCUCGGGUCACUUGCAGGGGUGUCCUGGGUCGGUGGUCCAGAACCAAUUCAAAUUAAUUACGGCUAAUGUAGUAGACAAAACAAGCGCUGGUGGCUGCCAAUCAUAAAAUAUGUGACAAACAGAAGUGACUCCUCUCCCUCACAACACAACUGACCCACAGUUUACUUCAUUUAAUAUUUUUGUUCUGAAUAAAAUUUUUAGCCUAAAGCACCAUGAAAUUAUAUAUUUUUUUUAUAUGCUCUAGGGUGCCGUGACAAAAAAGUUUGGGAACCACUGGGCUAAGGUAUACACUUUUAUGCUUGAAGUUUCUUUAUAAUGUAUCUUUGCUUUUGAUAACGCAAUCAUAUCCAGUAGAGACUCAGAGUGUAGAAAAUGAAGACCGUAUUCUAGCAUGACAUGUAUGUUGUAUAUUAUGAUUUCAAGUGUAUUGUGUCAGAAUAUCUUUUUAACUGGAAUGUAUACAAAUCGCUUGUAACCUGGACACACUGCAAUCCAGUACAUGGUGAAUCAAUUGAUAUGAUGCAUCCUACCACAUUUAACCUGGAAAAAGGUUGGUCUGAGACUGCACUUGUAAAUAUUAAAGAGAUGAGGGGAGUAUAAUGUAAUGCAUUUAGACCAUAAUCUCUGUAAAGGACUGUUUACCUUAACAUUCUUUAAGAAAAAAAGGGCAGAAUUAGCAGGUUCUAAAUAAUGCCACAUUGUGGAUCAUUUUCUUUCUGAGUUGAAUGAUGCUGUCAAGAGGGUAGUGGUGGUGUUUCUAAAGCUCUCUCACUAAAGCAUAUCCAUAGAUAUAUUGCAUUUAUUGUCAGGCCUGCAUUAUUGUUAAAGAACUGUACCAACAUUCUAAUUUGUUUGUAACCUAUAUACUGUAGUUGCCGCUAGUACUGGUGGACACCUUUUUUUUUAUUUUAUUUUUUAAAUGUAAAUCUUAACUACCAUUUGACUACCUCUGCAGCUAGAAUAUUUUAAUUCUGCUGUGCCAUAGGGCAUACGGUCAUUAGGUCGAUAAGACUUGGGUCGACAGUCAUUAGGUCGACCACUGUUGAUCGACAUGGUCAUUAGGCCGACAUGAAUAAGGUUGGCAUGGAAAAAGAUCGACCUGAGUUUUUCACAUAUUAUUAUUUUUUUGUUUUUCAUUUAUUGUACUUUUUCAUACGAUCCACGUGGACUACAAUUGGGAACGGUAACCUGUGCUGAGUGCAGCGGUAGUGGAGCGUGGCACCUUGCCCGAAGCUUGGCGAGCGGACACUGCACUGAUUGGGGUUCCCCGUCACAUAAAAAAAACCUCAUGUCGACCUUUUUCCAUGUCGCCCUAAUGACCCUGUAGACCUAGUGCAUGUCGACCUAAGUGUUGUCGACCUAAUGACCCAUACCCCUGCCAAAGCUCUUCAGUUUUGCAAAUCUGUAUUGAAGCAACAAGGCUGCAUAAAAUCCUACACUUACUGCCUUUUCAUAAAGAGAAAUAGCUGUACAAAUAUCAUGUACUAGAGAUGUUGGCCAUUUUCAAUGUUUGUUAUACAGUAUGUGGCAUAGGCUAAUACUACAUGUGCUUGCAGAAAUGGACAUGACUGAGAUUCUACCUCUCCUCCUAUCGGUCACAACUGUUGUCUGCUAUGAUCAGGUUUAUAAUGCUGUGCUACAGUUUGUCCAUUUAGUUACUAGACACCCUGCUCAGCAUAUGUACCUCUGUUCCAUAUAUCAUAUGUACUGCACAUUCAUUAAGCUCUUGUAGUCUUAACUAGCUGGUCAAAUCUAAUUAUUUUGUUUUAAUUACCAUGUAUCUAGUACAAUCGAAAUAUCUUGUGAUCAGUGUCAAUUGUCAUUAAAUGUGCUCAUUCAUAUGAUUUUCAA